UCAAACUGCGACAGCUUGAGCUCUCACCAACAAUUUACGCAAUGAAAUACUUCAAGUUCGAGUGGCUUUUUGUUGCUAUCUGCUGCUUAUGCCUCGGCGAUGUUUUAGCAGCGCCAAAGCGCAAGCCAAAGCCCCGCUUCCAAUUGCCAAAAAUAAAUAUAAACAUUCAUCACAAUAAUAUUCACAUUGGCUAAGCUGGAGCUAUUUACGUAUAUUGAAUAAGUUGAAUGUAUUUUAAUUAACUUUUUGAUAAUUAAUUGAGUUGA